AUGACCAGGGGAAUGUCAGUGUUCGAGGCGCGGCAGAAGGUGUAUGCAACGCUGCACGGGACCUUCCACGCCGCGAUCGUGCAGGAGGUGGCGGUGGAUGCCGAGACGGGCCAGUACCUGUACUAUGUGCACUACGUUGAGCAGGACAGCCGCAUGGACUGUUGGUUGCCCGCAAGCGAGCUGAAGGAGCGGCGGCAGGGACGACAGGCGAGCAAACAGCAGACAAACAAGCCGGGCGGUGGUGGUAUCACGACACGGGGUCAGAGUCGACUCGUUGCUGGGAAGGAGGACGAGGUGUCAAGAGGUCCCAACACCCCGACCUCCUCCGCCAAGCGUAGCAACCUGCAGAAUUGCGUCAAUAUAUCGACAACGCGGGCACGGAAGGACAGUUCUUUUUUCUCCCGGCCCAAAAACAUCCACGCCAUAUGCAUGGGGCCCUACGAAGUGGCUACAUGGUACUUCUCCCCAUAUCACCUUGCUCGGCCCCAGAUACAGCAGGGAUUGAAGCAGAAUGCGGAGCUUUUUUCAGGAAAAAUGGAGUUGCAGCUACGCCAAGAAAACAAAAAGAGUGCAUUUCAGACAGCCGUGGUCCCCACCUCGUUUGUGCUCCACAUCUGUCCCUUUUGCCUCCACCCCUUCACGGCGCACGAGGACGUGGUGCGCCACCUGCAGAUUGUUUGUCCACGGCAUCCGCCAGGGAACGAGAUUUACCGCGAUCCCGUGCGUCAACUUGUUGUGCUGGAGAUGGAUGCGGUGGUUGAGCCCGUUUUUUGCGAGCACUUAGCGUUACUGUCCAAGUUAUUCCUGGAACACAAGGCACUGGAUCAUGAUAUGACUCCUUUUCUCUUCUACGUGUUGUGUGCUGUGCAGCCGCAUGGACUCGAGGUGCUUGGAUAUUUUAGCAAAGAGAAGCAGUCGCCAGAGAUGUAUAAUCUCUCCUGCAUUCUUGUUUUGCCACAGUUCCAGAGUCGCGGUAUUGGGCGGUUUCUCAUUGAGCUAAGCUACGAACUGUCGCGACGGGAGGGAAGGAUUGGUUCCCCCGAAAAGCCGCUAAGUGACCUGGGCGAAAAACUCUACUUGGGCUACUGGGGCGACGUUAUUGUCUCUGCCCUCGCUCGCGCCAUAGAGGAGAAUCACUGUGCCACACUUGACUAUCUCGUUCAGGCCACAUAUCUCUCUCAGGCGGACGUCUUGCGAACGCUACAGUACCUGAGGCUGUUGAACGGCACGCAGAUUGUUGUGUCGGAGGAGAGCAUUGAGCGGUGCUAUUCCAGGCGGUUGCAUCGUGAGCGAAGUGGGAAAAAUUACGUUUUCUAUCCCCACUUACUGAGCUGGAGUCCGCACAUGUACUACGAGCUAAAAGAACAGGAUGUUGCCCCGCCUAUUUACGUAACACAGAGCGAGGAACUGGAACAAAAUGCCGCUAGCAAAGGACAGCGUGUUUUAUAG